GAUGGCGCCAUCGAUGUUUCCCACCUCUAGUGCAAAGAUGGCAAGACAAUUUCGUCCGCUACUAAACAAUUCGAGUAAAAGGCAAAAAUUAGAAUUAGGCGUGCAAAAUUCAGGCGAUUUGUUUAAGUCAACUAUUGCUGAAUUUUGGGGAAGUGACGAUGACGAUGUUAUUUUGUUAGCUACUCAACAAGCAGAGGAAAAUCAGCGACAGCCAGACAGUCCACGACAAACAGAGAAUGAAUUUGAAUUACGUCCAUUUGUAUCAAGUACACAACAACCGCAUAGAAAGCGGCUAUCAACUUCACGCCAGAGUCCUGCGUACCAGCCGCGCCAUGUGGCUUCAACAUCGCCUGAAGAUGAGACGAUCAAAUUCUCAAAUUCGAGUAAUUUUAGGCCCAAUAAAGAUAAUCCUCUGUUACCAGAAGUUCAACAUGUACAAAAUGAGCCUACAAUUUCAAAUACAAGUCAUUGGGCAACUAGUCGUCAAGUAGCACAGGAACGACAACUUAAAUUAUUAAUGGAGCGCGUCGAUAUUCUCCAAAAGGAAAAUUCCAAAUUGCAAAAAGAUCUCUUGGAUCACAAGAGUCAAACAGGCACCAAGGAUGGAGAGGUAAAAUUACUCCGUUAUGAACUACAACAAGCGAGAAAAUUACUUCAAAUGAGUAAGAUGGAAAAAAUUAUUAUGGCUGAAGAAGCUAAAAAAAGACUGCAAUAGAAAAGUCGCAGAUGUUUACAAGGAAGUGAUUGCGAAAAAUACAGAAUUAACGUUUACGAAUGUUGAAUUUUCUGAAUAUAAAAUUCGAAAUACGAACAACUCAUU